UUUUCCCAUUUCCUGGCCCAGCCGGUGCCGUCUCCGUGUGCUGGAUGUGACGGGACUCCGGGAUGAUGCCACUGGCCGUGCUCCGGAAGGGAUGAGUGUCUGGUCUGGCACCGUGGCCCUGGCCAAGGCUUGUGUGGAGGUCUCCAAACACCAGCGAGAACUCCAGAAAUGCAGAUCCAGGAGCCAUAAGGGCCGUUCCGGCGCCACGGCAGCUCCGCGAUUCAUUGACAUCCACGCUGAUCUCUUCGUCAAUGGAACAUCCUAUGGAAUCCUGUGGGAUGCACUCCAGGCCGGGAACACCAGCCCACUGCGCCUCAAGUGCCGGGAGUUCCAAGCCGAGGAGCUCUGCCUGGCUGGAAUUGUGAGUCUGCUGAAAUCCUUGGAUCCCUCUGGCGUAAGGAGGGUGGACCUUCGCUUCAACAACCUUGGACUGGGGGGUCUCUCCUUGGUUUUGCCACAUCUCUCCCGAUUCCUGGGUCUCCGAAGCCUCCGACUUCCCUACAGCAAUGUCGACGUGCGGCGGCCGACGCCGGAAUCGGUGCUGGGAAUCCGGUGUCUGGCCAGGGAGCUGGGAAAGCUGCAGAGCCUCAGGGAGCUCAACCUGGGAUCCUCCAGGCUCUCCGGGAAUUUGAGGCACAUUCUCUGCAAACUCGAGGCUCCAUUGGAAAGCUUGGAACUGGCCUUCUGCUCCCUCCUUCCUGCUGACUUCGCCUUCCUCUCCCAAAGCUUCCAUGCUCCGGCCCUGAAAAGGCUGGAUCUGAGCGGCCAUGAUUUCUCCCAAACUCUUCUCCAACCCCUUCAGCAUCUCCUGGAGGAAACCUCGGCUUCCCUGCUCCACCUGGACCUCAUGGAAUGCCGGCUGACGGACUCACACCUGGAUGCCCUGCUGGUGUCAUUCCGGCACUGCUCCCGCCUCCGCUCCCUCGGACUCUUUGGGAAUUCCUUCUCUACAGCAGGGCUCAAGGAUUUAUUAUGGAAAACUGUGGUCCUGCCAGAUCUCCGCCUGGUCGUGUAUCCUAUCCCUGUGGACUGCUACAAGUCAGGGCUGGAUCCUGGCUGGAUUUUGGAGGAGCAGCUGGACAGGGAAUGUUUGGGAGCAGUGAGCGCAGAGCUGGGCCGGAUGCUGGAGAGCUUCGGAAGAGCCGACAUCAUCUGGACUUCCAACCCCUAUGGACACGAAGCCCUGGAUUACUUCUGCUUGUAGCUGGAGAAGAGCUUGGAGCCUUCAGCCUGGAGAAGUGCUGUGGCCUCAGUGCCUCCUUCCUCAAAGAAUUUGUUUUGACCUCAUUUUGGUGUUUUUCCUGUUAUCCCAGUGGUUUUUUGCCUCAUCCCGAUGGUUUUCCACCUCAUUCCAGUGUUUUCCAGUAACCUUUGUUACCACCUUGUCACCAGCCGUAGCUGGGACAGACCUGAUGUCACUGGAAACCCCCCCCGAACUCUGCUGAUUAACACUGGAUAUUAAUUAAUUAAUAAUUAAUAAAUCAGCAUCACUUGGCUGGUGAUGAAA